AAUGCAUACAUGAGUUAUCUCGGCGGUCUGGGACUCACCAACGCGAUUGCUCGCGCUCUGACCCUGUACACUCCCCCUGUUGGUUGGUCGCUAUAGGUUGCUUCUGCGCCAACAUAACACACGAUGCUUCGCGCCCAUGAAAGCCUCCGAUAGAAUCCCGGUCUGUUACCGUCGCUUGCAUCUACCGGAUUCCAUGCAAGGCUGGACUCAUCAGCUCAGUCGCCAUGUCCGACUCUGAUAACCAAAUCUAGAAUCAAAUCUCUGACGAUAGCAACCUUGCACGGUCUGCUAAGCGACGGCCUAGAAACGAGGCGCGGACUGUUGCUGCAGCUGAACCCAACAACUCUCUGGCAAGGCCGAUAGCUGCUUGACUUAGUUCGCCUCAAGCCGUUUCAUUGUCCGAGAGUUCAAUAGUCUACGGUGGUGAGAGUAUUCUUAGAUAUCAUCGCGACAAGCAUGGGCCGUGUAAGCUGAAAAAGCCUCUGUUGAUGGCGAGCUUGGCUGGGGGCCCCUAUAUAACCCAUAUUUCAAUUUCCGUUACUUACAUCCAUCUCAUCACUCCAUCACUGGGCGCGUCGGUUUCCUCCUCGACUCGUCAUGAGCAACCGUCUUUCUUCCAAGUUUAUCGAGGACAGUACCAUCCGAGACAACAUGUUUGACCAGACAACCUUGGCUGCUCUUCAGCCCAGUUCAGGGCCCACUUCAGGCACUACAACCCCUGAUCGAACCGGCAGUACAACCCCUUACAAUGUCUCAUCUCCUCCCAGAGGUAGACGCACUACAUCAGACCUCAAGUGGAAUACUCCUCGAUCAAGGCCUGCCUCCAUUGCUCCCUCACGUCACUCCCUCAUGGGAGACUGUGAUGUGUCGGACCCGUCUAUGAUUGCCAAGUAUGCCUCACGACGUGCAGCACUCCUCGGCUGGUUCGAUGAGCCUGUUGAAAGGACCGUUGCCAACGGUGUCUCACUCACUGGAGUCGCCAUCAAAUCAGAGGAAAGCUAUGUCUUUCAACCCGCAGAUGUAGAUCCAGAUCUUGCAGGUGCUGUCUCAAAGCUUGGUGUUGAAGCAUGCAUGUCCAUCUCAUCUGAGACACUGUCCAACAUCAUCAAGUCCAUUCCCCCAACCCAACGAUCACUUGUCUCAGAUGUAACUGGAGCCCGUAUCCCCAUCGUUCCCAACUUGACGGGUGUCACUGCUGAGCUGUCUCACUACUCACGUGCAUGCAUCGCCCACGAGGAACGUAUUGUUCUUGUUUGGUCUCAGGAUCCCAAGGCUAUCAUCAACGUUGCCGACCAUGUCCAACAAGAAGUCUUCGAAAUUAUGCGAACCUCUUCCGAUGGUCCGCUUGAGAAAGACAUCCCCACUCGAUCCACCUCGACCCAGCGCAGCUCCAGUGUUGCACCAGCCCCUUACUACGUCCGCGGCGGCCUCGAUGAGAAGAAUGAGAUCUUCCAACGUGCUGUUGCCCUCGAAGAGAAUGAAGAUGAUGAAGCAGAUAUUGAGAGAGCUGCUGCUCCCCGACCCAGACUCAAGAUGCAUGCUUUCAAGGUCACCUUCGCCAUCAUGCUCGUUGUUGUCACUCAGUCAUUGGGUGUUACCAAGCUCCUCAACGAGUACUACUGGGAUGGGGAUGCGACUCGCUUCGCUCUUGUCUCCACGAUUCCUCCUCUGACUCUAUUCUCCCUCUUUUUCUUCCUUGUUCUGGUCACAAGUCUGUUUCAGCUCUUCCUCCCCGUCAGCGUCUGUCUCAAGAACUCUCGCUUCCACUCUGCCAUCAAGCCCAACCCCAAGCGCCAUCGCGAUUAUGAGCUGCCUCACAUUACCAUCCAGAUGCCUGUCUACAAGGAAGGCUUGAAGGGUGUCAUUGUGCCCACUAUGAUCAGUGUCAUGGCUGCCAUUGAGUACUAUGAACAGCAGGGUGGAACGGCCUCCGUCUUCAUCAAUGAUGAUGGUAUGCAGCUCAUCCAGCCUGAUCUUGCUGAGGCUCGAAAGGCUUAUUAUCGUGAGAACGGCAUUGGUUACACUGCCCGACUACCUAACCUAAAAUCUCCCAAGAAGGGUUCCUGGUUUCGCAGAAGCAAGGAGUCCACUACUGAUAGUGUUGAGAAGCCUGAGUCAGAGAUGACACCUCAGGAGCUUGCCAACAAGAUCGGCUUCCAACGUCGAGGCAAGUUCAAGAAGGCCAGUAACAUGAACUACGGUCUUGCCUUCUCCAACCGUGUUGAAGACGAGAUGGCCCGCUUGAUUCAGCUCGAAUGUGAGCAGCGUGGGUGCGCCGAGGCCGACUUGACUGUUGACGAUGACAACCUGCUUUAUGAACGUGCCUUGGCCAACAUGCUUGCCGAAGACAAUGGCCGCACUUGGGCUGAGGGUAACAUUCGUAUCGGCGAGCUGAUCUUGCUCAUUGACUGCGACACACGCGUUCCUGUCGACUGCCUCUACUACGGUGCCCUGGAGAUGCAUGAGAGUCCCGAGGUUGCUAUCCUCCAACAUGGAUCCGGUGUCAUGCAGGUUGUCCACAACAUGUUCGAGAACGGAAUCACCUACUUCACCAACGUCGUCUACACUGCCAUCAAGUAUGGUGUCGGUUCUGGCGAUGUCUCUCCCUUCGUCGGCCAUAACGCCUUCCUCCGUUGGAAGGCUCUCCAAGAUAUUGCCUUUACCGAUCCAACCGACAAUAACCAAGUCAAGUGGUGGUCUGACUCUCAUGUGUCUGAGGACUUCGACAUUAGUCUUCGCAUCCAGAUGAAAGGCAUGAUCGUUCGCCUUGCGACUUAUCAUAACGGCGGCUUCAAAGAGGGUGUCUCUCUUACACUGUAUGACGAGUUAACUCGCUGGGAGAAGUACGCUUAUGGCUGUAAUGAGCUUGUGUUCCACCCUUUCUAUCAAUGGCCUUACAAGGGCCCUGUCACCCGGCUGUAUCUCCGAUUCCUCUGGAGCAACAUCCCCAUCACUAGCAAAGUCACCAUCACAGCAUACAUCUUCACCUACUAUGCCAUUGCUUCAGGACUCUUUUUGACGGUUGCCAACUACAUCAUCAUUGGACUGUUCCCAGACAAGCUCGACCACCUUUAUAUGCCUUCCUGGGGUAUUUGGCUGUCUCUUGUCGUGAUCUUUAACGGCCUUGGUUCCGUCGCCUUCAGUAUGGCCCGACAUCAGCUCAAGGAGGAGGUCUUUUGGAAAGCAUUACUUGAUGCCAUUAAGUGGCUGCCCUUCUUGAUUAUUUUCUUUGGUGGCAUUAGCUUAAACUGCGCCAAGGCCUUGAUCUGUCAUGCAUGCAGCAUCAACAUCGAGUGGGCUUCAACUGCUAAAGAACCUGGACCAAGCGGUUUUUUUAUUGGGCUUGAUAAGAUGAUCGCAAGCUUCAAGUACACCUGGGUUAUCUGUAUUCUCAUUGCGGCGAUGAUGAUUUACUUUGCCGUCGGUGCACCAUGGGGAUAUACUAUUACGCCUGGUCCUCACUCAACUGCAAUGGUAGCUAUCAUUCCUCUAGCUAUACAGAUUUGCAGUGCUUUCUUCCUACCUCUUACUCUCGGGCUAAACUAGAGGGAUUAUAGAAGGAUUAUAUAAUUAGUAUAUAGAAUGAAGGAUUAAGUAUGUAGAGGAAUAAAGGUUUAUAUAGUAAGGUUGUAAUAAUUUAUAAUACUCUUUUUAUCCUUAUAUAAGAAUUAUGUCUAUAGGCAGCUAUACUAUAUAAAGUCCAGGGAGCCGCC